CCUGUCUGUGUCUCUCUCCCUCUCCACCUGUCUGUGUUUCUCUCUCUCUCCACCUGUCUGUCUCUCUCCAGGUGUGGAGCUGCUCCAGCUGUUUCUCUCUCUUCCACCUGCCGUGUAUUCAGAAGUGGGCCAGAGACUCGGCCUUCCUCGUGUCCUCCGUCACUGAUGAAGACUUUGGACAGAAGCAGCAUCCCUGGCCCUGUCCGAAGUGUCGAGCAGAAUAUCCACCAAGUGCCACGCCCAACAGGUACGUGUGUUACUGUGGGAAGCUUCAGGAUCCUCCAGCUGAUCCGUGGUUGGCUCCUCACUCGUGUGGCUCCGUCUGUCAGAAGGAGCUCAGACCCACCUGUGGACACACCUGUCUGCUGCUCUGUCACCCCGGUCCGUGUCCUCCAUGUCCAAAGAUGGUGUCAGUUUCCUGUUUGUGUGGCAAAGCUAAGCCCCUCCCCCGUCGCUGUAGCAACAAGGCCUGGUCAUGUCAGCAGCAGUGCAACAAGUUGUUACCCUGCAAGCAACACACCUGUACACAGCCCUGUCACACAGAGUGUUCUCCGUGUCCCAGAGUCAGCGUUCAGAGGUGUGUGUGCGGUCGACACAAAGCAGAGAGACCGUGUGCGAGUCCUCAGUGGAACUGUCAACAGGUGUGUGGCUUUCUGCUCUCCUGUGGGAAUCACACCUGUGAGGUUGUGUGUCAUGAUGGAGUGUGUCCUCCGUGUCCUCGCUCUGUCAGCAGAUCCUGUCCCUGCGGCAAGACCAAGUCGUCUCUUCCCUGCACGGAGGAAGUGUCUCCGUGUGGUGACACGUGUGAUCGCCGCCUGUCGUGUGGAAAACACACCUGUUCAAUGAGGUGUCACCGAGGGAGCUGUGAGACUUGCAGACAGGAGGUGGAGAAGGAGUGCAGGUGUGGUAAAUACAGGAAGUUGAUGCCGUGUCAUAAAGAAUACCUGUGUGACUCCAAAUGUCCAAAAACCAGAAGCUGCCAGAGACACCAGUGCAGAAGGAAGUGUUGCCCCGGUAACUGCCCUCCGUGUGACCAGAGCUGUGGACGAACUCUGGGCUGUCGCAACCACAAGUGUCCCUCCGGCUGUCACCAAGGUAGCUGUUAUCCCUGUCCAGAGUCGGUGGAGGUGCGGUGUACCUGUGGUUCCACCGUCUUGUCCGUCCCUUGUGGUCGAGAACGGACCACCAGACCACCUCGCUGCAAAGAGCCCUGCAGGCGUCCUCCAAAGUGCCACCACCCGACCAGAGAGAGCCACCGCUGCCACCCCGGGAAAUGCCCCACCUGCAGACAGGUGUGCCUGCUGCCGCUACCUGGCUGCAGUCACACCUGUCCACAGCCGUGCCACGACCAGGUGGCAGUCAAGUCCCAACAGGUGCAAUUAGCCGGCCCGUGGGAGCAGCCGUCAGAACCAGCGUUUGUGGAGAAAGCUCUGCCCUGUCCGCCAUGUCAAGUCCCAAUACCAACGUAGGACACACACACACACA